ACUGGGCAUGAGCAUUGGUGGAUCUUGUGUAUCCUUACGCACUGGAACAGGCGCUAAGAACUGCUCAAUGAUUGGCUGCGCGGGUAAUACUUAUGCUGCUGUGGUUGGCUACAGUCUCUAAAAAGGUUCAACCAGUUUUUUUACAGCUUAGUGUCUGUGGCUCCGUAAUUAAUUGUAGAUAGCUGUCUCAUAUCGACGUGUUUUUAAGAAACAUGAAAUAGUUGUUGUGUUUUUUUAAUAAGAGGAGUUGCCAGAGCAAGAGAUUUGAAGACCAACUGUGCUGCUGCUGCUGCUACUGCCGUUGUCGCUGGUUGUUGCUACUCUAUUUUACUUGUGAUGUUGGAUAUGGGAGAAAGGAAAGAAGUCAAAAUGAUUCCUAAAUCAUCGUUCAGUAUAAACAGUCUGGUUCCCGAAGCCGUCCAAAGCGACAACCACCACCAUCACCACCACCACCAGCACAGAGCGGUGCACGAGGAAGAGGAGAAAACUCCUUUACCUGCCCAAGCACAGGAGCAAAAGUCGGAGAGCACUUGCGCUAAAAGUGAGAAUUCAUCCCACGACUCUUCAUGCACGGACGAGAAGGAAAAGCCGGAAGAAAAAAAGGACUCCAAAGAAGGCGAAGGAGGCAAAGACGGCGAAAAGAAAAACGGCAAGUACGAGAAACCACCUUUUAGCUAUAACGCUUUGAUUAUGAUGGCCAUUCGGCAGAGUCCCGAGAAACGAUUAACUCUUAACGGCAUUUACGAGUUCAUUAUGAAAAAUUUCCCGUAUUACCGGGAGAACAAACAAGGAUGGCAGAAUUCCAUCAGGCACAACCUCAGUCUUAACAAAUGUUUUGUCAAAGUGCCCCGGCAUUACGAUGACCCAGGAAAGGGGAACUACUGGAUGCUUGACCCCUCUAGUGACGACGUGUUCAUCGGCGGAACGACGGGAAAACUUCGGCGGAGAUCGACCACUUCUAGGGCAAAGCUGGCGUUUAAAAGGGGCGCACGGCUUACCUCCACGGGACUGACAUUUAUGGAUAGAGCUGGCUCUUUAUACUGGCCCAUGUCGCCUUUCCUCUCGCUUCACCAUCCGAGGGCGACCAGUGCGUUAAGUUACAACGGCACGUCGUCGCCUUACCCUAGUCACCCAAUGUCCUAUAGCACAAUGUUGACUCAAAACAGUUUGGGGAACAAUCACUCUUUUCCAACAUCCAAUGGUUUGAGUGUUGACAGACUAGUGAAUGGAGACAUUCCCUACGCCACACACCACCUCACCGCGGCCGCUUUGGCCGCCUCAGUGCCAUGUGGGCUUUCCGUACCCUGCUCCGGGACAUACUCUUUGAAUCCCUGUUCAAUGAACCUGCUCGCGGGCCAGACCAGUUAUUUCUUCCCCCACGUCCCUCACCCAUCUAUGACCUCCCAGAGCACCACGUCCAUGAGCUCCCGGGCCGCCUCUUCCUCCUCCCCGCAAACGGUCUCCUCUCUCCAGUGUGACUCAUUAAGGCCUUCCCUACCCAGUUUCACCUCCGGACUUUCAAGCGGACUUUCUGAUUACUUCACACACCAGAAUCAAGGGUCAACAUCAAAUCCCCUUAUACACUAACUAACAUCCACAGGAUCAGACUAUGUCUGGCAGUGUGUGCUGCAGUAGCCUGAAUCCACCCUGUGAUGCGUUACUCACCCAUGCUGAGAAUGUUUACAGUUGUAAUCAAGGUCCAUGUAACUUGUUUGUGAAAUGUUUUGCCUUUAUGUUUUAGAGGUGCUAUACAAUUUGCAAAUAGUAGGGCAUGAAGUCACAGUUUGAUUAAAUUGCUGUCAGUACAAAAAGAAGAAAGAAAAAGAAAACAGAGGCUUUGUAUAAAACCAAGACUGUUAUGUGGCAUCCCUUUAUAAAAUGAGUUUAAAUUUUCUCUCUUUGGACAAUUUUAUUUGAAUUAAAUAUGAAUACCAUGGCAUUGUGUUUGUGCAACAUUUUGCUUUUCAUUUGAAGACCUGUGUAUUUUUUACAUUUUGCAAACAUGUUUUUGUGACAUUUUGUUUGUUGUUGAAACAGUAUUCUCUUGUCGCUAAUGUUUUUGCUGUAGAGGAUAAAACAUGCUGAUCUACUGUGACAGUAAAUUGUUACGUUGGAAGAUAAAAACAUAUCUGUUGUCAUUCAUUCUUUGAGGACAGAGGUCUUUGCAUGACCAUUAAAGCUACUAGAUUUCUCUGUUUGUUGAAAUGUUCCCAUCUAUGGUAUAAAACAAGCUAGGCUGAUGUGUAAUAAUAAUCUGAUUAGUGUGAGUGUGUUUGUGGAAGUGUGAACUUAAAGAAACCUUGAACAAAGGUCUCCAUAGACACAUAUACACAAAAUCAAUGUUGCAGCUGCUAUUUUAAUUUGAGAUCUCAUGUAUUUAUUUAUAAAAAUUUGUAUCUAGGCACGGCACAUUUUCUCAUGUGAUAUGAGAGGUUUAAGCUUGCACACUUUCAACGCCCAAAGGCUUCACUGCAGACAUUACAGGCCCCCAGAGAUGUCAUCUUGAGGGUGUCUUUUAUUAUCUACAGUUUUGAAAGUAAACAACACAUGUCUCAUUCAAAAACAACUAAUACAUUAUAGAACAGAUGAGGGUCUUUCUUAGAUGAGAAAAUAUCAAAAUGUAAAUGUGUGGAAUUGUCAUGCCUCAAAAUGUAAAUUGUGUAUAUGAUAUAUGCCCAUAUAAAUUUAUUUCCUCACUUAAACGUACUGUGAAACCAAAUUAAUUCCUUGUUUUUAUUGAAUAGCAUACGUGUAGUAGUCAAAUUAAUACAAAUGCCUAGAGAAAAAUAAAAGCAGAAUGAUCUACACACUAAAAUGGGUUCUUUCCUUUAAAACAUUUUAUUUUACGUUUUUAUAGUCUGUAGAACCUUUUUCCGACUAAAGAACCUUUUUCUACAAGAAGAAAGUUCUGUGCAUGUAAAAGAUUCUUUAAAAAAAAAGAAGAUUCUAGGAAGUAUAAACAGAAAAUCUUCAAUUGCACGUUAAAAAAACUUUGGGUCUAAUAGGUAAAAUGAGCAGUUUGUAAAAAGUUAUUAAAAAGAAUUUCAAAAGGAAAACCAUUACAGUCCUGCGUGAUCAAAGUACACCAACAACGUAACAACCUAAAAAUGAACCCCUGAAUAAUUGUUAAGACAUUGAAAACGACCCGCUAAACAAUAUGUAACGUUCCUACAGUCAUUAAAACAAUUACAGUCAUCAGUAACAGCAUCUCUGUUUCCCCAGACCAAACAAUUAGAAACAGAGAAGCCCCAUUUUUAGCACAGCCCAUGUGCAGUCCCCUGUCUACAUGCAACAAACAAAAUACCGUUCUCGUAGUCAUGCUGCGAUGGUUUUUGACAAUCUGAGAAAAAUAAAAAGAUGCAGACGUUCAUUCGCCUCUCUAGGUGGGCGGAACACGGAACCCAAGCUGCCCUUGCCACCAAUUUCACAGAGCAAUUAUCUACUUGGAUUCAUGGGAGUUUACUAAACAAACGGCAGCCCCGCUGCGCCCCUCUCGGUCUGCGGCUCAGAUCAAUUCUGCAUCACAAAGCGCCACUGAUGAUCACCCUGCCUACACUUUCAUCACCUACACGUUUUAUCGAUUAUUUUUGUGUUUUUAAACAGGUGUCCAUCUAAUACAGCUACACGUAACUCAAGAUAUGCACCUUUCCCCGCCUUAAUUACUCACCCGUGUGUGUGCGCUGCUACAACAUUUUUUUUUUUUUUUUGCCUUGGCUUUAAAUAAACAACACUAACAGUCUAUUUUACUCAGACCACAAUUGCACUUGUGUGGUUAUUAGGGCAGAUAUGGCUCCAGAACCCGAAAAUCAAUGCCAUCGUGAUUAGACCGAUGACUGAUUCACAGCUUCAUCCGAGAGUAUUCAGGAAGAGACGAGGUGUAUGGCAAAUAAGUCGCACUUGUCUGCACACAAAAGAAAAAUCCCCCCGGUCUUUGUUUAUAAGGUGUAAAAAUCCGGAAUGAUUGUAGGAUAGCGAGGACAUUCGGGCUGUUUUAUCGCCAGCGUUUCAUGAAAAAUAUUUUUGGCAAUUUUCAAAGCAAUUGUGUAUUGAAUCUGUGAAUGGGCUUACAUUGACCGACAGGUUUGGUUUCAUCGCCCUCAGAGAACCCAAGACAAAAUAAAGACAGGAAGAAAAAAAUGAACGACGGGUGUUUUACCUCAUGACAAAUCAGAACACUCAAAACACAUGAGCAAUGAAAAAGCUAUUGUGAAAAUACAAGCAGAGCGAUCACGGACCAAGACAAUGCUAUGCGCUGCUCAUGGCGCAAUUUGAGUGUCAUCUUAAAUUGACAGAUAAUUUCGAUUAGAAGGCGACAAAAUAAAAAAAUCGGGCAGUUUUAGUUUUACCCCGUACGCGAUGAAGACACGCGGUUUGCAAAAUGUGUUCUAAUUGUCAGUGCGUGUAAGCGUUCGUAUAGCGGGGAACCAUCUUUGUUUGCAAAUUGCGGCAGUUAUGUUUGUUUGGAGAGUUUUGAGGAAAGAAAUUGGAAAGUCUCUGACUGUUGAUCUUUACCACACAGUCCAAGAUCAAUCACAUUCUGUGAAUGGAUAUUAUUAAACAGCAUGGGGUGGCUGAGGCGCGAGGCACGGGGCCGUCAGGAGUGCAGGUCUACGAAGCGGCUCCUCUCUCGCGCUGCAACAGGGCAAUUGUUGACACGCUUUUCCCUGCCAAUCUGCAGCUCUCCUCCGAACGCGGCUGCCAUGGCAACCUGCUCUUACCCGUUGCGGCAGCUGGCAGCCCCUCACUUACGAAGUUGCGCGCGCUUCCAGUGAUUGUCGACUCGCGGCAAACGACGGAGAGCCGCUCUCAACUGAACCGGAUUUUGUCCUGGUCGGUUGAAAUAGAAAUAGCCUAACACCACUGCUAUUUUAGCUGGCGAGAUGUAAACUGACGAGAGCCGAACCUGGUCGUCGUUUUUGGUGUUGCUCUCGGCUGUUGUUUUAGAGGUCACUGAUGUGACUGUCCGGCAUUAAGAAUGCAAUAGGCUUACAUUAAAAAUCGGCAGCUUUUAUGAUGGACAUGUUUUAAAUAAAAUAAAAUAAAUAAACUAACAAAAUAUAUAUUUUUGUAUAAAAAAGACUCAGCUUUGCUUUAAAGUCCCAGUGAAAUGAAAAAUGACAAUUCUUAUUUUUUCAUGAAAUAUUGCAGCGUUUAUAGUAAAUAGCUUAUCAAUGUAGGUCAUUUUCUUUUUUGAAUUCAUGUACCCUCAUAAUCUUCAGUUAAAAUCUGAAAAUGCACUUCCGCCCUGAAAUGACUAUCCAUCUGAAAUGACGUAAAUUAGACGGCUUGGCCAGAGCAUCCGUUAACUCAUCACCUUUAACUGUCAGUCUGCUGCCAGUUUCAUGUCAAAAUAAAUGCAACAGCCUUUUCACUCGGAAAUGUGUCAGAACUUCCGGUUCACAGGGACUUUAAAUAUGAAUGCAGUAGCCUAUAUUACGUGGCAUGCAAGAAGUCUUUUUUGGUCAUGUGUAAAAAACCUUUAUAAACUAUUGCAUUUAAAGGGUGAUUUUCUCUUUCCUUUUUCCAUACAUUUUAUAAAGCAUCAACAGCAAAUCAUUGUUAAAUAUUUUAUUUAUUAUGACUUAACAAUAAAUGUGAUUUUGUGAUCUAUUAAAUUAGAUUUGAUGAUGUAAUAAACUCAGUUUG